CAUUGAGGUAUAGAUGGGAUGUUUCCAUCAUGGCGGCAUCCAUUUCGGGCUAUACUUUUAGUUCUGUGUGUUAUCACAGCGCUAACAGCAACUCUGAUCAUGUAAGUACAGGAAACAUUUUAAUGAAUUGGGAGAGAGUGCAUACAUUUGUUUAGUUACAACGGGUGUAUAUUUGGAUGUUAUUCUCAGGCAUAAACUCAGUGUAUUUCCCAGUGUCAUCUUCCUGUUGCUAGCUAGUUGCAAAUUUAGCUCAAUCACUUACAUAGCGAGACAUUUGCUAGCUAGUUGGCUAGCCUGCUAUGCUAGCUAUGUCAACCCAACUGACUUCCGUGGUGUCGACUGUAUAUAUAUAUUUUUGACAAUGCAACAUUGAUGUAGCCAUAGUUAGUUAGUUGGUUAACUAUAUUUGAAAAAUGUCAAUUGCAUCACCUUCUGCACAGCAAGUACUACAAAUGAACUAGUUAGCUUCUGGUCAUAUCAUUAUCAGAAAGAUAGAGCAAGCUAGCUAUCUAGAUUGUUUCCGCAUUAUCUACUGUAGCCAGUUAGCUAGUCAUGUCAAAUUAUCUAGCUAGCUAAUGUUAACUGGCUAAAAAUGUAGCUCCAUAUUUCUUGCUAAGUAAUUGUUUGUUGUAUUUUUUUUGUUGAGUAAUUUAUUCUAGCAAUGUUACCACACAGUUAGCAAGCUAGCUAGUUGGACAACUAGGAAGUGAAUUGAUCAAAUAAGUCAUCACCCAUUCAAGCCACACAAGUUUUUGUUUACCAUUAGAUAUAAGACUGGAUUGACACCUGCCAGCAAACUGAGUUGCAUGUCGAUGCUGCCUAAUGUUUCACCUGACAUUUGACACAUGAUUUGAUUUGACAAUGUGAAGGGAGAGCUUAAAGUGUCAGGCCUCAAACAGUGCUGUAUGAGUCAUUGUAGGAUUAGUAAUUGACUUCUGCCCAAUAUGUUGAUUGUUUCUCUAUCUAGGCCUAUUUCACGUUUUAUAAUUAGAAACAACUUUUUGCUCCUACAGGAGGGAUUCCUUUUAGGAGAAGUUAGGCAAGAGGAAACUGUCAGCAUCAGUGAUACACAGAUCAGCAGUUCUGAACUACUCCAAGUAGUAGGUAAGGCCUUGGGUAGCCAAGUCAAAGAAACCAACCUAUUUGUUUCCAGGCUUGUCUUGACGGAUUAUAUGCUCCAUGCUACUGUGGAAUUCUGUCAAACUAGACUGGCAGGUUUCAGAUCAAAAGGAGUGUCUCUUGUUGUUUUUUCUGUUUAAAGUGGAAGACCUUUACAGCAGCUGUUCAAUAUGUUAUGUAGCUAGUCUCUGGGUAAUGUGUUUUGUAUGCAAUAUUACUGUAGGCUGUCUAAAGUCUUACAAUUGUAGGCAUCUCAACAUUUAUAGUGGUGGGAUUUACAUUUAAAAAAACAUUUUAGUCAUUUAGCAGAAGCUCUUAUUCAGAGCGACUUACAGUAUUGAGUCCAUACAUUUUCAUACUGGUCCCCCUUGGGAGUCAAACCCACAACCCUGGAGUUACAAGCGCCAUGCUCUACCAACUGAGCUACACGGGAUGACAUUAGACUAACAAUAUAUGAUGGUGUUUAAUAACCAUACAUUUGCUGCGUUCUUUUUUUAAACAGAAGUCCACAAUCAUGAACCUUGUGCACAGCUAUUUAGGUAAGAUAUUAUAUUAUAAAAAAUUAUAUUGAAUUUGUUGUCCUUAAUGACAUUUUGUGACGUUACUUUUCGUUAAAUGGUUUUUCCAAAUGAUUGCUUGGUUUAUGUGCAAACUAUUAAAGUUAUGGGCUCGAAUAUAAUUAGCCUAGACUAGUGAUGUAUCUGAUACAUUAUUUAUCCAAUCUGAGAUGAAGCUUUGUCUUGAUCAUGCCAUCAUGCACAUUGUAGGCCAAAUACCGCACAGUACUUCCAUUCAACAAAUGAGUGAUGUAAUUGUCAGUGAACAGUAGAUGGCCCCACCCCACCAGAAGUUUUGAGUAACUAAUGCAGAGCUACUGUGAGGAAAUUGACUUUUUGUCUGUAUCUUUCCCCCACCAGCUUUUAUGAUUAUGCUGGACAAGUCAAUGAAGAGAGUCUUAACAGAAUUCUUAAAGACAGACGGAAAGUGAGUAUUUAUUGUAGGUCUAUUUGUAUUAAAUUUUUUUGGUAUUAUUGGCCAGUAGUAUCUAGCUAAAACACUGUCUGUGCAUCUUUUACUUGACCCCCCUGUGUAGAAUGUCAUCGGCUGGUACAGGUUCAGGAGGAACACGCAGCAGCAGAUGUCGUUCAGGGAACAGAUCAUCCAUAAGCAGCUGACCCAGCUCCUGGGUGUGCCCGACCUAGUCUUUCUCCUCUUUAGCUUCAUCUCCACAGCCAACAACUCCACACACGCCCUGGAGUAUGUGCUGUUCAGACCCAACCGCAGGUAGGACCACCCACACGUAGCUAUAUGCACCGAACAGCAUGCACAAACAGGCUGGUGCAUAUGUUGGCGAUGCUGAACAAUCCACACACCCUUAAAGGGAUUCUUAGGGAUUUUGGCAAUGAAGCCCUUUAUAUACUUCCCCAGAGUCAGAUGAACACGUGGAUAUUGUUUUUAUAUCUGUGUCCAGUAUGAAGGAAGUUGGAGGUAGUUUCGUGAGCCAAUGCUAACUAGCGUUAGUGCACUGACUGGAAGUCUACAGGAACAUUAGCAAUUGUGCUAAUGCUAGUUAGCAACUUCCUUCAAACUGCACGUAGACACGUCAAAAUGGUAUCCAUGAGUUCAUCUGACCCUGGGGAAUUAGAUAAAGGGCUUCAUUGCCAAAAUCCUGAAGUAUCCCUUUAACAAUCCACACAUGCAAACUGUACAUUAAAUUGGCUGUUGAGCCUCCUCUCUGUGUGUAUUCCCAGGCUGUUGCUCACCCUGUGCAGGCAGGUCAAUGUAUGUGAGAGUUGGAUAAAAGCAGAAAGACCCAGUGGCACAGAUUCCACUAAGGUGGCGAACAGUAGUGGCCUCUCCUUUCAGACAAAAUGGUUGCUAGUUGUGGAGGCACCUCAGGUGCAUAGGCAUAUCAUUUAUUUAGUUUAUUCCUUUAUGUAUUUGUCAGGGACCUUGUACAACAUGCCAUUGCACCAGAUUUUUCUGUAGUCCCUGGACAGAAAACAAUCAACAUCAAUAUGUCAUUACAAUGUAACACACUAUUAAAAUAUCUAUAUAUUAAACAAAUAUACAAUAGACAAUAUAAUGAUAAUAUUACAUUAGAGUUUAAAUGUCCCUUGGUCCUACAGUAUCUUACAUUUUAAGAGUCGGAAUGUCUUAAUGUUCACAUGACUGGUUUCCUUAAAGAAGGACCGUUCAAAUACAUCAUACAUUGAUUAAACAACUAUGUAAGGUCUAGCCAUUCUAUAUCUAGGGUCAGAUGGACAGCGCAGCGGGAGGUCUGUAGGGAUUCAAGGCUUGGGUGUUGGAAUCAAGCUGGGGACUUAAAUACUACUGUCUGUGGCUCGAGGGCUCAGAGUGGGUUGGUGGAGGCCUGGAGGGAUUGUGUGGGUGAAACUGGACAUUAGCAGAUUAUUACAUCUUCUGAACUCUCAACUAGAUCCAUUGGAUCUGGGCAUCAAUCAAAGCAAUGUAGUAUACUGUUGCUGCCCCAGCCAUUAAUGGGCGUAAGGGUAUUUUGAGCUAGGCUGCCUGUAGUGUAUCAUCAGACUAACUCUCUGGUUCCACCCAGCAGGUACAACCAGAGGGUGACCCUCAGCAUCCCGAACCUGGGCAACACCAGCCAGCAGGAAUACAAAGUCUCCUCUGUCCCCAACACCUCACUCAACUAUGCCAAGGUCAUCAAAGAGCAUGGGUGAGUGUCUCCCACAUGUAGGCACUGUCAACUCGUUAAUUCUUUAGUAUUGAGAAUCAUGUUUGAUGGAAAUGGGAUGUGCUGUAUGUUUUGCAGGGCUGAAUUCUUUGACAAAGACGGUGUGAUGAAGGAUAUCAGAACAAUUUUUCAAGUCUACGGUGCACUACAAGAUAAAGUGCAAGUGAGUUGGCUGCCAGCAAAUUUCCUAUUCAUACCAUUCAAUUGAUACAAGUGUUGUGACGUGACUUUCAUUAGUCUGAUGACUGUUAUUUAUCGAAUCAACUAACUAUGUUUAAUUGUUACCCGAUUUUAAAUUAAUCAUGUAACAAUGAACUCAUUAGGAAUUUGGGGCACCACGGAAGAAGUUGUUUAACGAGUUACCAUCUCACGAAUUAAACUCUUAGAAGAUAUACACUACCGGUCAAAAGUUUUAGAACACCUACUCAUUCAAGGGUUUUCUUUAUUUUUACUAUUUUCUAUAUUGUAGAAUAGUAGUGAAGACAUCAAAACUAUGAAAUAACACAUGUGGAAUCAUGUAGUAAUUAAAAAAAAGUUAAACAAAUCAAAAUAUAUUUUUUAUAUUUGAGAUUCUUCAAAUAGCCACCCUUUGCCUUGUUGACAGCUUUGCACACUCUUGGCAUUAUCUCAACCAGCUUCAUGAGGUAGUCACCUGGAAUGCAUUUCAAUUAACAGGUGUGCCUUCUUAAAAGUUAAUUUGUGGAAUUUCUUUCCUUUUUAAUUUGUUUGAGCCAAUCAGUUGUUGUGACAAGGUAGGGGGGAUAUACAGAAGAUAGCCAUAUUUGGUAAAAGACCAAGUCCAUAUUAUGGCAAGAACAGCUCAAAUAAGCAAAGAGAAACGACAGUCCAUUAUUCCAUCAAGGUCAGUCAAUACGGAACAUUUCAAGAACUUUGAAUGUUUCUUCAAGUGCAGUCGCAAAAACCAUCAAGCGCAGUGAUGGAACUGGCUCUCAUGAGGACCGCCACAGGAAUGGAAGACCCAGAGUUUCCUCUGCUGCAGAGGAUAAGUUAAUUAGAGUUACCAGCCUCAGAAAUUGCAGCCCAAAUAAAUGCUUCACAGAGUUGAAGUAACAGACACAUCUCAACAUCAACUGUUCAGAGGAGACUGUGUGAAGCAGGCCUUCAUGUUCAAAUUGCUGCAAAGAAACCACUACUAAAGGACACCAAUAAUAAGAAGAGACUUGCUUGGGCCAAGAAACACGAGCAAUGGACAUUAGACCAGUGGACAUGUGUACUUUGGUCUGGAGUCCAAAUUGGAGAUUUUUAGUUCCAAUCGCCAUUACUUUGUGAGACGCGGUGUUGGUGAACGGAUGAUCUCCGCAUGUGUCUUUCCCACCAUAAAGCAUGGAUGAGGAGGUGUUAUGGUGUGGGUGUGCUUAGCUGGUGACACAGUCUGUGAUUUAUUUAGAAUUCAAGGCACACUUAACCAGCAUGGCUACCACAGCAUUCUGCAGCGAUAUGCCAUCCCAUCUGGUUUGGGCUUAGUGGGACUAUCAUUUAUUGUUCAACAGGACAAUGACCCAACACACCUCCAGGCUGUGUAAGGGCUAUUUUACCAAGAAGGAGAGUGAUGGAGUGCUGCAUCAGAUGACUUGGCCCCCACAAUCCCCCGACCUCAACCAAAUUGAGAUGGUUUGGGAUGAGUGGGACCGCAGAGUGAAGGAAAAGCAGCCAACAAGUGCUCAGCAUAUGUGGGAACUCCUUCAAGGCUGUUGGAAAAGCGUGUGGCGGUCCUCAUGAGAGCCAGUUCCAUUACUGUGCUUGAUGGUUUUUGCGACUGCACUUGAAGAAACAUUAAAAGUUCUUAAUGUUCUGUAUUGACUGACCUUCAUGUAAUGAUGGACUGUCGUUUGUCUUUGCUUAUUUGAGCUGUUCUUUCCAUAAUAUGGACUUGGUCUUUUACCAUAUAUGGCUAUCUUCUGUAUACCCCACCUACCUUGUCACAACAACUGAUUGGCUCAAACGCAUUAAGGAAAGAAAUUCCACAAAUGAACUUUUAACAAGGCACACCUGUUAAUUGAAAUGCAUUACAGGUGACUACCUCAUGAAGCUGGUUGAGAGAAUGCCAAGAGUGUGCAAAGCUGUCAUCACGGUAAAGGGUGGCUAUUUGAAGAAUCUCAAAUAUAAAUUAUAUUUAGAUUUGUUUAACACUUUUUUUAUUUACUACAUGAUUCCAUAUGUGUUAUUUCAUAGUUUUGAUGUCUUCACUACUCGAAACGUUGACCAUGACUCAAGGGGUAGAUAGGGGACUGUUGACUACCCACCAAAAUGUCCUCCGGAGUCCCUACAGUGUAUGUUAAUGUUAAUACUGUUGUAUGUCCCGUGUAGCUCAGUUGGUAGAGCAUGGCGCUUGCAACGCCAGCGUUGUGGGUUCGAUUCCCACGGGGGACCAGUAUGAAAAUGUAUGCACUCACUAACUGUAAGUCGCUCUGGAUAAGAGCGUCUGCUAAAUGACUAAAAUGUAAAUGUAUUCUACAAUGUAGAAAAUAGUAAAAAGAAAGAAAACCCUUGAAUGAGUAGGUGUUCUAAAUUUUUUGACCGGUAGUGUGUGUGUGUGUGUGUGUGUGUUUUAUAUAUCGAUAACAGUCACUUAUUAAUCAUUACCUCAUCAGUCUCAUUCUGAACGUCACAUAAUCCUUGAACCUGCAAGAACCCUAACCUUACUUAUGGGUCAGCAAUAUACACAUUGGCUUAAUUAUUUAUUUACUAGUUAACCAAGUAAUAACACAGAAUACAUACAUACUUAAUACAUAAGUAAAGUCCCUAGCGGACUAACAACAGCAUGACUGCUUGGUUAUCUAAAAGGGUCAAUAGAAGGAGGGAUAAAGGCACAAAGAGAGUCAAACUUAUCGUACGUACAUUUGGAAACUACGCUCACGGUAAUCAGAAUACUUAGCACCCUAACCACUGCCUGUUUGGGUAACAAAUGCAAUGUAUUUACGUGUAGAAUGUCUUCUCCUAUGGGUGUAAGGCUCUGGUUUGUCCACCAGAGGUCACAAUGUCCUUUGUAGAGCUUCUCUGGUAGUGAAGUGGUUGUUAUGGCCAGAUACUUCAGAUGUAUCAACGGUUAUCUGAGAUGGGGUUAUCCUUCCCAACUCGUGUCUUUAGUGAAAGUUCUAGACUACUUUACAUGCCAGCUGCAGACUGGUAAUGCUACGGUCAAGUGAGUUUCUUCUUCUUGUGUAGAGAUUGAGAGUUUCAGAGUUUCUCACCAUUUCAAACAUGUGGACUAACGUCUCACAUUUCCUGGUCUUACAGUGUCAACCAUUUGUAACGUUCAGCUCCCACUGCACGUCUGCUGGUCUGUAGCGGUUCAACCAUUUGUAACGUGAGCUCGUGCUUUACGUCGGCUGGUCUUUCUGGUUUAACCAUUUUAAGCCGUGUAGCCACAGCUCCAUGCUUCCUGGUCUUUCUCAUUCAAAGUUCUAACCAUUCUAAACGUGCAGUCACCACUCACGUUUUCUGGUCUAAUGUAAAUUUCGUUACCAAGGCUUUUAUAUUCGGGUAAAAAGGGGACGUUCCAUCACGCCAACACAAUGUCUGUGCUGACUGGGCAAAAGUUUAUAUAAAACAAUUAUUCAUCAUAUAUUUUAUACUACAUUUAGAUGUAAACUUGAUAACUACAAUGUGUACGCUUUCAGAGUUACAGUUAUUUAUUUAUACCAUCCUUAAUGACAUCACAAAUAAUAAACAAUAUGCCAUGAUUAUUAUUUAGGUCCCCACUGACCAUUCCAAACAUUUGGACGUCAGGAAUAAUGUUCCAAACUAUUUAUGACCGGUUGUUAAGAGUCAUAAAACCGGCCCAACACCCCCCUCUCCUCUCCUGUGGGAGAGAGGGGGGGUCUGGCUAUCUGUCAGUCAUUUGCCAAGCUGAUCUGGCACCUUUGAUCCUCACCAAGGAGAGAGUCAUAAUAUCAUGACAAUAGUCAUGACACAAGUCACAUACUAUACUUGCAUAAACAGCAAUGUGGUGCUUUGGUUGACACCAUAGCUACAGUGACUUCAGAAAGUAUUCAACCCCCCUGACCUUUUCUACAUUUUGUUGCAUUACAAAGUGUGAUUUUAAAAUGAAUUUAAUUGUUAUUUUUACACAAAAUACUCUGUCAAAAAUGUAUGAAAAAUAAAACCCUAAUAUAUCCUGAUUUAGAUGUAUUAAACCCCUGAGUCAAUACAUGUUAAAAACACCUUUAGCAGCAAUUACAGCUGUGAAUAUUUUUGUGUAAGUCUAAGAGCUUUGCACACCUGGAUUAUACAAUAUUUUUGUAAUAUAUUUAUUACAAAAAUUCUUCAAGCUCUGUCAAGUUGGUUGUUGAUCAUUGCUAGACAGCCAUUUUCAAGUUUUGCUAUAGAUUUUCAAACCAAUUUAAGUCAACUGUAACUAGGCCACUCAAGAACAUUCAAUGUCAUCUUGUUAAGCAACUCCAGUGUAGAUUUGGCCUUGUGUUUUAGGUUAUUGCCUUGCUGAAAGGUGAAUUUAUCUUCCAGGGUCGGAAAGCAGACUGAACUUGGUUUUCCUCUAGGAUUUUGCCUGUGCUUAGCUCUAUGACGUUUAUGUUUAUCCACAAAAAAACUCUGUAGUCUUUGCCGAUGACAAGCAUACUCAUAACCAGAUGCAGCCAGCCACCACGCUUGAAAAUAUGAAGAGUGGUACUCAGUGUUGUGUUGGAUUUGCCCCGAACUUAAUGCUUUGUAUUCAGGACAAAAAGUUCAUUUUCUUUGCCUAAUUUUUUGCAGUAUUAAUUUAGUGCCUUCUUGCAAACAUGAUGCAUGUUUUGGAAUAUCUUUAUUCAAAUCCAAUAACAUUUUAUUUGUCACAUGCUACGUAAACAUCUGGUGUAGACUAACAGUGAAAUGCUUACUUACGGAUCCUUUUAACAAGACAUUUUUUUAAAAUAGUGACACGAGGAAUAAAUACACAGUGAAUAACAAUAUAGAGUAAAAAUAACAUGGCUAUAUACAGGGAAUAGCAGUACAGAGUAUUCUGUACAGGCUUCCUUCUUUGUUUUAAAAUUACUAUUGGCCCACAGGAGGCUGCUGAGGGGAGGAUGGCUCAUAAUAAUUGCAGGAACGGAGCGAAUGGAAUGGCAUCAAACACAUGGAAACCAUGUAUUUGAUACCAUUCCACCUACUCCGCUCCAGCCAUUACCACAAGCCAAUUAAGUCCUCCCCAAUUAAGGUGCCACCAAACUCCUGUGUAUUGGCCUCAUGGUGAAAUCCCAUAGUGGUUUCCUUCCUCUCCGGCAACUGAGUUAGGAAGGAUGCCUGUAUCUUUGUAGUAACUGGGUGUAUUGAUACGCCAUCCAAAGUGUAAUAAAUAACUUCACCAUGCUCAAAGGGAUAUUCGGUGUAUGCUUUUAUUUUUAUUUUUUGCCGAUCUACCAAUCGGUGCCCUUUGCGAGGCAUUGGAAAACCUGAACAUCUGCUUGAAAUUCACCGCUCGACAGAGGGGCCUUACCGAAUUCUAUGUCUGGGGUACAGAGAUGGGGUAUUCAUAACUAAAAUCAUGUAAACCACUAUUGCACACAGUGAGUCAAUGCAAGUUAUUAUGUGAUUUGUUAAGCAAAUAUUUACUACUGAACUUAUUAAGGCUUUCUAGAACAAAGGGUUGAAUACCUUUUGACUCUUCAGCUUUUCAUUUUUAAUGAUUUUGUAAACAUUUCUAAAAACAAAAUUCCACUUUCACAUUAUGGGUUAUUGUGUGUCACUAAUCUCAAUUUUAUACAUUUUAAAUUCGGCUGUAACAAAACAAAAUGUGGAAAAAUUCAACGGGUUGAGUGAAAAAUAGUGAUAAUAUGAUUCUUGAAUUGCUAGCUUUUUUCCUGUUUCAGGCUGUAUGUGGAGAGGUUGAGCAGAGUGAACGUGUGAAAGAGAAAGUCCAGGAGGAGGUGAACAAACUCAAACAGCAAAUUGUUCUCAGGAAACGAAAAACCACGGAGGAAGAGAGAAGUAUGUAACUUAUUUGGGUUUGAAUUUGGCUGCUCAAAUUAUUGAACCUGUCUUUUAAUCUUAGCCUAUUUGUCUCUUUCUGUCCUUCAGGACUCCAGGAGGCGCAGAACCCUGAGCCACGUCCCACUCCUGAGGAGAACACAGAGCCCCCGGAGACCUCCCUCCUGUCCAGAGUGGCCUUCCACUCCCCAUCCACCCCCGAGCGGCCAGGUCCUUCCGCAAACCCUCCUGCCUACGCAGACUUCCUCUCCUUGCAGGACGACUCGCUUCUCCCCUCCUCGUCCUCCCCUACCAGUGCUGCGCUGCUCCCCCGGCCCCAGGCUGUGGGCUCCCCAGGCCACCCUUCUCCCAGCCCACUGGGUCUGGGCCUCAGUGCUGGUCCAAGCCCCAGUACGCCCUACCUGGGAAACGGGGACGGAUCCAGCUCUGACUCCCUGGACAGACAGGCCGCAGGGCAAGAGGAUGACGACGAGGAGGAAGAUGAUGAUGAUGAUGACAGCAGCGAGUAUGAGAACCUUGUGAGUGAGGUGGGGCAGUUGCCCCCUGUUACCGCCAGUGUGUUGGCGCAGGGCCGCCCAGCCGCCCUCAGUCCGGACGGCGACGCCUCAGUCCGUGGCUCACAGACCUAG